AUGGCGACCACCGGCUGCAGGAGCGCUUCAGUCUGGAGACCGGGAGACCGUUAAACGAGGUUCCUUCGAUGAGCAGCUGCCUCCCCUGUCUUCAGACUAUGCUGCUCUCACUCGCCCUGCUCUUGUCUUCCUCUGUGGCUGCAGAGAGGGUUGAGUUAGAUUACAGUGGGCUCCCUCUCCCACCAGAACACGUACCGUACUUCCUCCACAACAACAAGAAGCUCGCCAAACAGUGUCGGCUGGACCCUCACUGCCCCUACAAGGAUGCGGUGGCCGACUCGUCCUUGUGCUGGGGUUAUGAGAAGAACUGUGAUCCAGAGAAGCGCUUCAGUUACCCGGUCUGCUCGAGAGUGGAUCGUGGAUGGGCUCACUCUCUGGAGGCAGCCAGCGAGGUUUUGUGGAAGCAGGCUGACUUUGGCUACGUCCAGGAGCGACUCUCCGAACUCAAAACUCUGUGCAAGGCCAGACAGCCGGGCGGUUCGUCUCUGAGGUGCACCAGUCACACCAGGUUCUGUAAAGCUACCAACCUCUACCUGGACUUGCGCUCUCCCAGAAGAAGUCACGAGAGAUACAAGGAGGAUUUUGUUCGGGUGGGUGAGAUCGGCGGUCACUGCAUGCUCAACAGAGAAGCUCUGACCGCUGAGAGGGGUCACAAGAGCCCCUUGCAGUCAUGGUACGCAGAGUUUGAAGCGUACACUGAGUUGGAUUUUCCUGUUCAGGACGAACACUGCGACAUCAUCGUCGAGAAGCCGACGGUUUUCAUGAAGCUGGAUACGGGGGUGAACAUGUACCACCACUUCUGUGACUUCCUCAACCUCUAUGUCACCCAGCACAUCAACAACUCCUUCAGCACGGACGUCAAUAUCGUCAUGUGGGACACGAGCUUGUAUGAAUAUGGAGAUUUGUUCACUGAAACCUGGAAGGCCUUUUCCCAGCAUGACGUCAUCCAUCUGAAGACCUAUGAUUCUAAAAGAGUGUGUUUCAGAGACGCCGUCUUCUCCCUCCUGCCAAGGAUGAGAUAUGGCCUCUUCUACAACACGCCUCUUAUCUCCGACUGCCGAAGUGAAGGACUGUUCAGAGCCUUCUCUCAACACCUGCUCCACCGGCUAAAGGUCCCGGAGGAAGAUCCCGAGCAGGGCCGCGUACGUGUCACCCUGCUACUGCGCAGCACGGAAUACAGACGAAUAUUGAACCACGUGGAGCUUGUGAACGCGCUCAAGACUGUGCCCCUGCUGGAGGUCAAAGUUGUGGACUACAAAUACAGGGAUGUUCCCUUCCUUGAGCAGCUGAAGAUCACCCGCAACUCUGACAUUUUUAUUGGGAUGCACGGAGCGGGCCUCACACACCUCCUCUUCCUCCCUGACUGGGCUGUCAUCUUCGAGCUAUAUAAUUGUCAGGAUGAGAGGUGCUAUCUGGAUCUGGCUCGGCUGCGGGGGAUCCGCUACGUGACUUGGCAGAAAAUGGACAAACUCUACCCACAAGACAAGGGUCACCACCCCGUCUUUGAGGAGCACCCCAAGUUCACCAACUACUCCUUCGACGUGGAGGAGUUCAUGCGCUUGGUGCUGGACGCAGCAUCCUACGUCACACAGCAUCCCAAGUGGAAGCGACGUCGAGGUCGUGAGGAGCUUUAAUGCCGUGUGAGUGGAAUGUGCAAAAAACACCAGCAGCUUGAUGGUUAAAUAAGCGCAGCAGCUAUCUGUGACAGAAAAGCACAAAUGUAAACAGCACUUUCCUGCCAGACAUGCACAAGUUGAGUCUUUCACUGGAGCUCCACAGAGAUGGGACAUAAGAAAACACAGAUCAAUUCAAUAAUUACAUCCUAGACCACAAUAGAUAUAGUGACUUGAUUAAAAAAUGUAGUUUUUAUAUUGUUUCAAUCACACUUAAUCUCAUUCAAGUUGAAUCUAAAGAUCAGGACAUUCUCAUUUAGUCAUGGAUGCUUUGGUUAUGACAUCACAGUGUAUAAAGAGGUGCACCAGGAAUUGGCGACCGAAGAAUGAUCUGUGAAAGAAACGUAAUGUGCACUGACUCAUACUAUAAUCAGGUUCUGGGGUUACUGGGACAUUAGUGUGUUCAUUGAGAUUCAUUUGGUGUGAAUGUAUUAUGCAUUGUUUCUUUAUAACCAAAACACCUGAGAUGAAGGAGACGCAGUGGGAUUUGUUUAAAUUGUGAAAAAAACAACAAAAAAAACAUCUGGUUGGCAGCACAGAAAACCACCACCCUGAUUAUGAUCCAACAUAAAUGUGAUUAUCCUGGAAAAAUAUCAUUUCAUUAAUUGCGAGUGAUUAAUUAUGCACUCUGUAGUUCGAUCAAUUUCAAACCCAGCUUGUUGAAGUGGCUGAUGUCAGCUGAUUUUAAGGACCAAUGACCUAGUCUGCAGUUCCUCAUGACUGCAUUCAGCCAGAGAUAGACGUCGACUGGUUUGUUUACCUGUGAGAUUUUUCUGCCAAUAUGGACCGGACCCCAGAAAGAGCCUGGACCAGUCUCCGCCCACUCUCCGCCUCAGUUAGGGUGAACACUUCAAGCACAAAACCAGGAGGCAAACACUUCAAGCACAAAACCAGAAGCAAAACCCUCCAUGUGUUGCUGGUGUCCUGUGUGCCACAAGCUUCUCUGCUGCACCAGGCCCCGCCUCUCAUCAGCCACUGUCAUCCCUUUAAACAGCCAAGUUUGUCGCCUGAUGGUGCGUGAGCCAAGAGAAGUUUCCUUCAGAAGUGGAAUUUAAAUGAAUCUGACUGUGAGGACGCCAGCUCGCUACGAUCACGUGGCUUAAUCAGAAACUAUAUUCUCUCACCUGCCAUGUGGCUCCAGUCUCAGGAGCUUUUAUGAAACAAAUUUGCCUGCAUUCGAACAGAAAAAAGGCUUUUUAUGAACACCUUUAGUUCUGGAAAUGUGAGUGGAACAUUUCCAUAUGUUUGAGUCGACAAACACAUUUGAAGGCGUUUAUGGGACCAGCAGAUUUCACCUUAAUCUGUCCUCUGGUUUGAUGACCAAACCCACAGUCACGUGACUCACGAGAGACAUCUGCCGCACAAUAAGAUGUUUCUGAUGUUCGAGCCGGUUAAAUCCCCACCAACAAACUCGGCUAACGAGCAGCUGCUGCGACGCCGCUCCUGACAAGGGACGCCUCGUCAGAUCUGUGUCGGACCAGCGUCUUCGUAUGUGACAAGCGAAUGAGCAGCUCACUCAGUGCUUUAGUGACAGACAUGAAGGUAGCAGUUUCUUCUGCUAAAUGAUAAGGUGCUGUUGAUGGCCAGCUGAGGUCUCACCGUCAGCUGUCCUCUCAAACCUGGAAGGGAUGAAGAAUCUGGAACCGUCGACCGUCUCAGUCGCCCCUAAACAGCAACUAUAUGUUCAAUCUGAAAUACACACCCUGCUCAAAAUGUUGUACUCAAUUUACAACCAAGAACAGAGGUGAGCUGCCUUUUCACCACCCACUUUUCAACGUACAUUGCAGACUUUAACAUUUUUAAAUUAAAAAGUAUCAUAUAUAUAUAUAUAUAUAUAUACUUUUUAAUACUUUACUAUGUACUAUGCGUACUUUUUAAAGUCACUUCUUCUAAAUCAUCAUAAUAAUUUAUUCAUAAAUGCAAAUGGCAUUUCAUUAAUUCAUUAGCCAUUCAACCAUUCUCUGACAGUCUGGAAAGCACUGCUCUUAGUUGAGUCUUUGUUGACGAUGUUUUAUUGUUUGUUGAUGACUGAGUGAACUGGAUGAGCCAGUCGUAAUAAGAGUGUAUCGCGUGCCAGUUAUUGUGGUAAGAUAAGGAGCAUGACGUGUCCAAGGUGUGGCACAUAAAGGGACCUUAAGUCACAGGAACAAUGUCAUUCUAUCUGACUUCUUUGGUUUCACUGAUCUAAACUGGUGCUUAUGUGUUGUUCUUUGCACUUUAACAGAGGUUUUAUGUGUGACCCAGCUGUCGUAGCUUCACGUGACCUGUGAUUUAGCUGUGUUUGAAAAUGAUCUAAGGUCGUCUUUCUGCAUUGCCGGGGAUCAUGAGGAAAUACUGUUUCUUUGAGUGUCAAUUGAAAUGUCAUGACUGUUUUAGGUC